AAAUUAAGAGUGUGAGAAUCAUAUGGAACCGCCUAGCUAGCUAGCUAGUACCUUAAGUUAUCCUAAAAUUAGGAAAUAGUGAAAGGUGGUGAUACAUGUGUUAUACAUACAUUCCAUACAGUAAGAAAGAGACAACUUUUCCUUUAUCUCUCUGGAAUUCAGUUAAAGUUUGAAGGAAUUCUGGUGUUUUUCAUGGUUAAAGCCACAGUAAAAAGCAGUUCUUGAUCGACUCUUAUAGUAUUUUUCCUGUAUUUUUCGGUGAUUUGAUGAUGAUUAUUUCAUGGAUAUUGAUGAAUAAUAACAAGUAGCGAAUACGGUUGAUGAACGAAUACGAACAAGAAUGAAUAUCAGCAGCUCUGAUCUCAUUGAUGCAAAGCUUGAAGAACAUCAGUUAUGUGGAUCCAAACACUGUCCCGGUUGCGGUCAUCGACUUGAAGGAAAACCGGAUUGGGUGGGUCUACCAGCAGGAGUUAAAUUUGAUCCAACGGAUCAGGAACUGAUCGAACAUCUUGAAGCCAAAGUUGAAGCCAAGAACUUGAAAUCUCACCCGUUGAUUGAUGAAUUCAUCCCUACAAUUGAAGGUGAAGAUGGGAUUUGUUAUACUCAUCCUGAAAAGCUUCCAGGUGUUACAAGAGACGGGUUGAGUAGACACUUCUUCCAUCGGCCGUCUAAAGCAUACACCACGGGAACUAGAAAAAGAAGAAAGAUCCAAACCGAAUGUGAUCUACAAGGUGGUGAAACGCGUUGGCACAAAACAGGCAAGACUCGACCAGUUAUGGUUAAUGGGAAGCAAAAAGGGUGUAAGAAAAUAUUGGUGCUCUACACAAACUUUGGUAAAAAUCGAAAACCCGAGAAAACCAAUUGGGUAAUGCAUCAAUACCACCUUGGACAAAAUGAGGAAGAACGCGAGGGUGAGCUUGUGGUGUCGAAGAUAUUUUAUCAGACUCAACCACGACAAUGCAAUUGGUCCGAAAGGGCUAGUAAUAACAAUGUGUUAUCGAAUGUGAUCCCCAUCGAGGGGGCAAAUAAUGAAAUGAGCAGGAGUGGAAGUGGCAGUUGUUCAUCAAAAGAGAUUAACAUAGCUAACACUUCUACUCGUGCUCAUAAUAACAUGGAUGAACUCUCUGCGGUUAGCGUUAGUGCAGUUAUGUCGAGCUACAAUCCCAUGGACCAUAUGCAACAUCUAAAAGGCGUCGAUCAUUUUAGCUUUGUUCCGUUUCGGAAAAGCUUUGACGAGGUGGGUACUACCGGAGGAGAAGCUUCAACCGGAAGGGAUAUAGGAGUGGUGGGAGGUAUCACGUGCAAUGAACAUGACCUACAAAGACAACAGCAACAACAACACGUGACCCAACACAAUCCACAUCAUCAACAGAUGGCAGCUGCUGCAUUCCACGUCAGCAGGGCAAGUCAUCCUGUAUCCACUCUUGUAUCGCCACCUCAUCCGCCACAUCACCUGCAUCACACCUCCAUUAUGCUUGAUGAGGACUCAUUCCAUGUCUCAAGAAUCAUGGACAAUUUUCAGCAGCAGCAUCAACAUCAUCAUAAGAUGGGAGGAGGGAGAUCAACAUCAGGAUUGGAGGAACUGAUAAUGGGGUGCACUCCAUCAUCAUCAACUGAUAUUAAAGAAGAAUCAUCAAUCACAAACCACCAAGAGGCAGACUGGUUGAAGUACUCCACCUUCUGGCCUGGUCCUGACAGUCAAGAUCAUCAUUGAAAUCAGCAAAUAAAAAAAAAAGAAGAAAAAAAAAGAAACCAAGUAAAAAAAAAAAAAAA